CUUCCUUCCUCAUUUAAAUCCACAUUUCUUCUCCAUAGACUCUUUGAGAAUUCCCUUCUUAUCUUUCUCAUCGCAUAUAUAUAUACACACACUUUUUUUGCUUAGAAUACAAUACACUUUGGCAUUGCUGUAGUUCAUUUUCACCUCAUUUCGUUUUAAUUGACCUUCAUUUAUUUCAAUUCAAUUCAUUUCAAUUUUUUCUCAAUUUUCCUAUUCUUAAAAUGUUAGAUAUUCAGCAAUUUAUUGUAGAAAAAGGUGGUAACCCAGAUCUAAUUAAAAAAUCCCAAAAGGCUCGUGGUGACUCUGUUGAAAUCGUUGAUGAAAUCAUUGCUGAAUAUAAACAAUGGGUUAAAGUCAGAUUCGAUUUAGAUGCUUUAAAUAAAAAGCAAAACAAAAUUCAAAAGGAAAUCGGUUUAAAAUAUAAAGCCAAAGAAGACCCACAAGAACUUCUUAAGGAGAAAAACUUAAUUGUUCAAGAAAAAUCAAAAUUAUCUGAAUUGGAAAAAUCAAUUGACACUCAAUUACGUUGGAAAGUUAACCAAGUCGGCAAUAUUGUUCAUGAAUCUGUUGUUAUUGAUAUGAAUGAGGACAACAACGAGUUAGUUAGAACUUGGAAACCUGAAGCUGCUGGGGAAAUUGGUGAAAUUGCCACUGCCACAGGUGCUCCAGCCAAAUUAUCUCACCAUGAAAUCCUAACUCGUUUAGAUGGUUACGACCCAGAAAGAGGUGUUCGUAUUGUUGGUCAUCGUGGUUACUUUUUAAGAAACUAUGGUGUUUUCUUAAACCAAGCAUUGAUCAACUACGGUUUAAAUUUCUUAUCACUCAAUGGUUAUACCCCAUUGCAAGCUCCUGUCAUGAUGAACAAAGAUGUUAUGGCCAAGACUGCUCAAUUAUCUCAAUUUGAUGAAGAAUUGUAUAAAGUUAUUGAUGGUGAAGACGAAAAAUACUUGAUCGCUACAUCCGAACAACCAAUUUCUGCUUACCAUGCAAAUGAAUGGUUUGAAUCACCAGCAGACCAAUUGCCAAUUAGAUACGCUGGUUAUUCAUCCUGCUUUAGAAGAGAAGCUGGUUCCCAUGGUAAAGAUGCUUGGGGUAUUUUCAGAGUCCAUGCUUUUGAAAAAAUUGAACAAUUUUGUCUUACUGAACCUGAUAAAUCCUGGGCUGAAUUUGAUAGAAUGAUUGGGCUCUCUGAAAAAUUCUAUCAAAGCUUAGAUUUACCUUACAGAGUCGUUGGUAUUGUCUCUGGUGAAUUAAAUAAUGCUGCUGCUAAAAAAUACGACCUCGAAGCCUGGUUCCCAUUCCAAAAAGAAUACAAAGAAUUGGUUUCUUGUUCCAACUGUACCGAUUACCAAUCAAGAAAUCUUGAAAUAAGAUGUGGUAUUAAAAAGGGUCCAAUAGCCAAAAAAGAAUAUGUUCACUGUCUCAACUCAACUCUAUGUGCCACCGAAAGAGCUUUGUGUUGUAUCCUAGAAAAUUACCAAACCGAAGAUGGUUUAAAGGUUCCUGAAGUCUUAAGAAAGUAUAUUCCAGGUGAACCUGAAUUCUUGCCUUUUGUCAAAGAGUUGCCAAAAAAUUCCACCAGCCAAAAAAAGGCUGCCAAAGCUAAGGCGAAGAAAUAGUUUGACUGAUUCAGCUUUCCAACCAAUUCUUAUAAGCUCACUACUGUGAGGUAUUUUUCUAUAUAAAUUAAUAGCUUUUCUAUAGCUCCCAAUUAAUAUACUAUAAUUAAUGCUACGUUAAAACCAC